AUGUCUAGCAGUUCUUCAAACACUGACGUGAGUGCCUCCGAAGCUACGGAUGUCCAGCAUAUCUUCCCACUCUUGUCUGUUGAACUCUGUUGCGUAAUUACUGACUUAAUAAGCUUGUCUUUCCACUACCUCCAACAUGAAGCGCAGCGAGAUCACUCCCCGGAGGUUGAGGCAAAGAAGCUGAAAAAUAGCGACGAAGAGCUUCUUACCCAGAACACGUGCAAACUCUCUCUCCAGGACAAAGAGAACAUUUCCAGCAACUACUCUGAAGCGAGUACCAUCUUCGAUACUAAUGGCAACGAGGACACUGGCAAGGCUGCAGCCGUUGCUGAUGUGAAGCCUCCCGCUCGCACUCAUGCCCGAGUCCCUCUUGGUGAACUGCCGGUGUCUGGCUUCGGUGGCCUGGAGGAAGAUCAGUUGGUAAGUUGGAGCACGUUCUUCUCCAGCAGCAGCACUGACGAGAUUGAUAACCAGAGCGACAAGGAUUGGAAUCUCACUACCAAGAAUGCAAGUCUCUUCAUAUACAUCAACCAUGGUUAA